UUACCACAGACUAUCAAAGAUGCGAUCCUGGUCACCUGGAAACUCGGUAUCCGAUAUUUGUGGGUCGAUGCAUUGUGCAUUGUUCAGAAGGCUGUCUUCGAUUCCAAAAAUGGGAUUAGCAUACAUGAUGGGGAAUGGGCGGUCGAGGCCAAUAACAUGGCUUCUGUAUACGGGAACGCGUAUAUAACUAUCAUGGCUGCUUCGGCAGCGGACUGUCAGGACGGGUUCCUGAAGCUUAGUUGGAUCUCAGAAAAAUGUCGAACUCCACGGGAAUCUAACGGUGGACUAUCAACCUACUAUCUUCUUCUAGAUGUGGAGUUCGCACUCCACUCUUCCCCGCUCUACGGCCGCGGAUGGGCAUUUCAGGAGUCAGUACUUUCCCGCCGAUUACUUAUAUUUGUGAAAAACGAAAUCCUUUGGCUUUGCGACUACGUCUUUAAUCGUAUGACGAGCGAAGGGUGGAUAGAUCACACCGGAUAUGUCUCCUCGCUUCGAAGCAGACAUAAUAAUGGCUUGUUGACUGUCCGUGAUUGGUCGAAGUGGGCCAAGGACUACUCAAGUAGGGAAACAAGUCACGCAUCCGAUCGGUUGGCCGCCUUAUCUGGCGUUAUACAUCACUUCGCUCAAGAGAAUAAUGACACUUCUGUUUUGGGGUUGUGGAGAAGCGAUAUCCCUUUAGGGUUGCUCUGGAAGCCAAUGGGGAUUACUCCUACCGCACGAAUCAAACGAGCCGAAUUUUUUAUGCCAACUUGGUCCUAG